GAGAACUCACAGUGACGAUACUGUAGAGUUCUCAUCUGUGAGGCCGUGGGAAGGAACGAAGUUGUUUUUUCCAUCUUUUUCUUAGUAUAGCCGCCUGCGCGUUUACUCAGUCUCCUGUCGCUAGCUGACUGUGGAGGUCUCGACUGUCGGUGGUCCAGUCUUUACACCUUCAGAUCCCCCUCACCACCAUGGACACCCUGACGGAGACCUUCCUCUUCGUUAUCGUUCUCCUGACGCUGACGACUAGCACAUCGUCCAAGACCAUCGACGGCGACCCACAGUCACUUUCGGCCCCUGAACCUAAACAGGAAGGGCAGCUGGCAGGUCUCUUGAGGAAUAUUAUGAGCGGCUCAGAAAGUGAACAUGCAAUUGGUUUUCUUACAAAAUUUCUUGGUAGCUCAGAAAAUGAAUAUCAUAUGGAGUUUAUUAAAGGUCUUUUGAAUAAUUCAGAUAACGGGCAACCGAUGAAUCUUCUGAAAAGUCUUUUUGAAACGUUGGGUUCAGAUGCAGUCGGUGUGGGAGGUGUUGGCUCUCUCCUCUUACCAUCACUUCUACAACAGCUGCUAAUAGACGAGAAGUUGACGACUGCGAUAUCAGACAGUCUGGGAGUGAAGGAAGACUUCAUGAAGCCUUUGGUCAGGAUCAUCAAGGAGAUGAAUAAGCUAAGCGCUAGGCAGACGUCGAGUUCUAAGAAAACUAGUUUUAAUGGUAAGAUUUCUAAGACUUCCAACGAUGCCGUUAACAUAAUUGACAACACGAUUGAAGACCCUCAGCCGGCAGAGGAUGACAUCAAAGUUGCUCAACCUCUUAUAAACGAACAGUUCCUGGAGCUGGCUAAAGAUAUCUUUGAAGAGGAAUUUGGCAGCUUAGGUUCCCUUCUCAUUUCCUCGAACACGGAGAAUCCAGAUAGUAUAUUGGCAGAUUUCAACGCUACCUCCUCCAGCGUGUGGAUGAUGAUCAAGUCCACGUGGCAGCGGAUUUUGGCUUACGUCGAAGAAGAGAACUCCUUGACGUACUUCAUGCAGCUGACACCAGUGAGGAUCGCUGACCGAAUUCUGAGUCUCGGCGAUGACGUCAACCUCAUGAACUUCUUAGCGAAGAAAUUGGAUCCACAAUUCGCCAUGUUUCUGGCGACUGAGAUCGACCCGUACCUCGGUCCUCUGAGAGAUUAUAAUAGCUUCUACAAUUUCACGAAAGACUACGGCCUCAACGGCGUCUUGGACUACUUUAGGUCAGAUAGCUUUACCUUCACGAUGAACACAUUAUCACGUCUCGUCCAAGCUUACCUAGAGAAUAAGAUUUCCGGUGACCUCGUAAACCAGUACAUUGAAUUUAUUUCUUUCAAUAAUACAGAACUUCAUAAUUUCUACAAGUCUUUCAUGAAAACCCAAAAUCAAAACUUCACGACGGACGAGGCCGGCAGUACGCAGCGCUUCAAGAGGAACGUGUUGGAGCACAUCGCCAGCAGCUUUAAAUUUGGCGACCUCAUGUUCGAGGAACCCGAGCCACAGCCUGACGAGUUCCAGUCGAAAACUUUAGAUGUCGAUGACCACCAGUCAGCAGACUCUGAAGAGUAUAAUGAUAGGGAAGACCUAGAUGAUGACAAGCAAAUUUUGUCUCGAGACGGAGGCUACAACGGCUACGGGGAUUACAACAGCUAUGAUGUCGCCUCCUACAAGAGCUCUGGCUACGGCGGCGGUGGAGGCUACGGUGGCGGUGGUAGCGGCGGCGGCAGCUAUGGUGUAGGCUACAUGAGCACACUGGACCCAUAUGUAGUGCUGGGAGCGCUGGCACUAGGCACCCUCCUGGGCUUCUUACUUUUCCGACUCAUCAACGGGACGAGGAACGGGAGGCGAGACAUCGGGGACGGGUCUCUGUCACUCUGGCUCUCUGACUUGCCUGACAAAGUCUUACCCUGGGGCACCAGCGUCGAGCGCAUGAAGCGAGACGCCCACAACUUCAACAAGACGGGGGAGGAGGAGUUCUCCCUGCCAGACUCACUACGGGGCGACGUCUGGUCUUCUGAUCCUCUGGUCGGCGACAAUCUUCUGGCCGACGAACUUGAGGAAGACGACAUCGCGGACCAGCUGAACCACCUGUGGAGGGUGUUCCAGGAAACGAGUUCACCUGCCUGUGUACACUCUCACCUGUGUGGUGUUGUGGCCAACAGCACAGCCGAGCAACUCACUGGGAGGGACUCCAGUAUGGCCCUGCUCAUGGCGUCAAUCAGCAACAUGAUGGGUGUGAUCAGGUCGGGUCAGUUGGUGGACCACGUGACCAACACAUUGGUGGUGGGUAACCCUUACACCUGCCCGAGUCCCACUGGCUGUCACCACUUGCUGUAGCUGACACCACUAGCUACUACCACCACUUGUAGCUGGUAACACUAUCUACCACCAUGACCUACCACUAUCACUACUUAUUGGAGCUGACAACACUAGCUACUACCAUCACUUUUAGCUGAUAACACUAUCUACCACCACUACCUACCACUAUCACCACUUGUUGGAGCUGACAACACUAAUUACCACCCCAACAGCUAUCACCAUUCUCUUAUUACCACCAUCACCUAUCAUUACCACCUGUUGAAUUUGGCAGUACUAAUUUUCACCACUAUUUGCUGUAACUAGCUAUUACCAUCAAUAAUUGUAGUUACCAUUAUUAUCUGCCACUACUUGCUGUUGUUUACAUUACUAGUUACCACUAACACUUAUAGGUACCACCAUAACCUACUGAUAUUGUCACCACUAACCACCACCACUACCUGCUGGGGCCACCACCAUCACCACCACUACCCGCUGGGGCCACCACCAUCAC